AAAAGACGAAUACAUUUUACCUAAGUUAUCGGAAAAAUUCAUCAUCAGUCUCCGAAUUCCGGACUUAGGAAAGAAAUCCAAAGACUUUUACUGACACUUGCCGAGCUAGAAUCCCUGGAUUCGACACCAUACUUCCGGAGCUAUGAAUAAUAAUAAUGCUUCUGCCUCUCAUCAAAAUUUCUCCCAAGAACAUCUCAAAAGCCCUUUAAUACUUCCCUUCGCCGCCGCCGCCAAGAUGGAGCAACCACCGGAGCCAACUGCCAAAAGAUCGUACUGGAGAUUCAGCAAAGAAGAUUUCUUCCCAGAACCCACAUUCGAGAAUUUCUCCACCUACCGCUCCGCCGUGGCCAAGACACCUCAGAGGCUGAAAGAUCGCCUUUUGAGCCGCUCCUCAGACGAUACCGAGCUGGUGGUUCUCAAGAAACAGUCAGAGAAUUCAAUGCACCAAUGCCUCACCUGGUGGGAUCUGAUGUGGCUUGGUUUUGGCUCUGUUGUGGGCUCAGGUAUUUUUAGCCUCACUGGCCAAGAAAUUCAUGAUCAUGCUGGCCCCGCUAUUGUUUUGUCCUAUGCAAUUUCUGGGCUUUCUGCUUUGCUUUCAGUAUUUUGUUAUACUGAAUUUUCGGUGGAUAUCCCAACUGCUGGCGGGUCGUUUUCUUUUCUUAGGAUUGAGUUGGGUGAUUUUCUUGCUUAUAUUGCUGCUGGGAAUAUUCUGUUAGAAGCAAUUGUGGGUGCUGCUGGAUUAGGCCGUUCAUGGUCAUCAUAUUUUGCUAGCGUUAUUAGUAGUAAUCCUGAUCUUUUAAGGAUAAAGAUUGAUUCUUUUCCUGAAGGGUUUAAUUUAUUGGACCCUCUUGCUGUUGGGAUUUUGGCACUGUGUAAUGGGAUAGCCAUGUCUGGGUCUAGGAGGACUUCUAUUUUGACAUGGGUGAGUUCCUUAAUCAGCGCAGGCGUGAUUAUUUUUAUUAUCAUUGUUGGUUUUAUUCAUGCCGAUACUUCGAAUUUGGUGCCGUUUUUCCCAUAUGGACCUAAGGGGAUGUUCACUGCUGCUGCUGUUGUGUAUUGGUCUUAUACUGGUUUUGAUAUGGUAGCUACAAUGGCUGAGGAAACCAAGAAGCCCUCAAGGGAUAUACCUUUGGGGUUGGUUGGUUCAAUGUCUAUGAUUACUAUUAUUUAUUGUUUGAUGGCGUUGGCACUGGCAAUGAUGGUGAAAUAUACGGAGGUGGAUGUUAAUGCUGCGUAUUCGGUUGCAUUUGAGAAGAUUGGGAUGAAAUGGGCUAAGUAUUUGGUGGGAAUUUGUGCUCUUAAGGGAAUGACUACAAGUUUGCUUGUGGGAUCUAUGGGGCAGGCUAGGUAUACGACCCAGAUUGCGCGAUCACAUAUGAUUCCACCUUAUUUUGCUCUAGUUCAUCCAAAAACUGGGACACCAAUUUAUGCCACACUUUUGGUGACUACACUUAGUUGCAUUCUUUCUUUGUUCUCAAGUUUGGAUGUCUUGUCAAGCGUGUUUUCAUUCAGCACACUUUUCAUUUUCAUGCUUAUGGCUGUUGCAGUGCUCGUUAGGCGGUAUUAUGUUAAGGAUGUCACUCCAAGGAACGAUCAUGUCAAAUUCCUUGGUUGCCUGUUUGUCAUCUUUGGCUCAUCAAUCGGGGUCACAGUUUUUUGGUGUUUGAACAAGGGUGGAUGGAUUGCGUAUGUUGUGACUGGUGUGUUCUGGUUGAUAGGCACCUUAGGAUUGGCAUUUCUUCCAAGAAAGCAGUCUCCUAAAGUUUGGGGUGUUCCCCUUGUUCCAUGGUUGCCAUCUUUGUCAAUUUUCAUAAAUAUCUUUCUCAUAGGAUCUCUUGGUGUAGUGGCUAUCUGGCGGUUCGUCAUAGCAAGUGCAGUUAUGCUAGUUUACUAUGUUUUAGUUGGUGUACACACAACUUAUGAUGUGGCUCAUCAGGAGGAACCAGAAUUGAAAAUUGAAGAGGGUAAGGCAAAUGAGAAUCAAGGAACCUCGUAGUGGGUAUGAUGCUGUAGAAUUUUACGUGCAUUGUUCAUUGUAGUUCAUAGACUGAUGAUUUGUGUACUCAUCCAUUUGAUUAGAGGCACGUUCAUCCAUUUGAUAUGCAUAAUGCAUAGUGCUACAUUUUAGUGCUUAGACUUUGAAGUGUAUAGCCAUGCUUGCUUAAAUUUGUGUACCCUAAAGAAGUCUGUUGUGUAUCCAUUUUCUUAGAAAAUUCUCAUUGUUAAUCACCGAACAAAUCCACUUGUUACAGAUAGCAUCUUGCUGUCUACACCGAAUAGGUGUUGACUGUUCUAGCUGUCAUUGUACUUAGGGAAAUGGAGUGAUAUUAAAACUGAAUUAUUUGAUUAUUCAGGGCGCACGUUGAAUUUCUCUA